GGCAGCAUCCGAAAGAGUCAGUGAAGGAAAGGAAAGGGUCAACUCGAAAUCUAUAAAGUCAUGAGAUCUCGCACCUUAACACCAUUAUCAUCUACUCUUCUGCUUUUUAUUGUAAUACUCUUUUCUCUGUCUUCUUUUGUGAUCGGAGAGUCAGGUUUUUGCGGCGACAAAAUGGCCAGACUCGGUGGAGUUCGCGAAGUAAGCGCCAACAGCGUCGAGAUCGACGGUCUGGCUCGUUUCGCCGUCGAAGAACACAACAAGAAAGAGAAUGCGUUGUUGGAGUUUGCGAGAGUGGUGAAGGCGAAAGAGCAAGUGGUGGCUGGGACUCUGCAUCACCUCACUAUCGAAGCGAUUGAGGCUGGAAAGAAAAAGCUUUAUGAAGCGAAGAUUUGGGUCAAGCCUUGGCUAAACUUCAAAGAAUUACAGGAGUUCAAGCAUGCUGGGGAUGUUGAUGGACCUGAUGGUGGUGCUUCAUCCUUCACCUCUUCAGAUCUUGGUGUCAAAAGAGAUGGGCAUGGGCCUGGAUGGAGAGAAGUGCCAGCACAUGAUCCUGCAGUGCAAGAUGCUGCAAAUCAUGCUGUGAAGACCAUUCAGCAGAGGUCCAAUUCAUUGUUCCCUUAUGAGCUUCAAGAGAUUGUUCAUGCGAAGGCUGAGAGUAUCGUUUUCCUGCUACAUAGAAACUACUACCUUGGAUUUGGUCUUAUGAGAGUCAACAUUAAGAUUAGAAAGACCAUCUUUUUAAUGAUCUGUGAGCUCUUCUUCAUGAGCUAAUAAGUGUUCAUAAAUGGUGAACAGGUAGUGGAUGAUUUUGCAAAGUUUGAUAUGCUCCUUAAGGUGAAGAGGGGAAGCAAUGAAGAGAAGUACAAGGUUGAGGUGCACAAAAACAAUGAAGGCAACUUCCUUCUCAAUCAGAUGGAGGCACACGUCUAACUCCUUGAUAUACUGAAAUGAUAAUAUCUAUAUGCGUGGAUUGUUAAUGCUUUAUCUGGUUUAAUUUCUGUAAUUAUUAAUAUUUCUAAAGCUUGUUCCUUUUGAUUACAGUUUACAGAAAUACAGUUUGUCUGUACUUUUGUCAUAUAAUGGUAUUUUAGCAUCUUAGUUUAAGGGUAA